UUCACCCAUUCUCCCGCUUUCCAUCACCCCGCCCCAUUCUCCCGCUUUCCAUCACCCCGCCCCAUUCUCCCUCUUUCCAUCACCCCGCCCCAUUCUCCCUCUAUCCAUAACCCCGCCCCAUUCUCCCGCUUUCCAUCACCCCUCCCCCUUCUCCCGCUUUCCAUCACCCCUCCCCAUUCUCCCGCUUUCCAUCACCCCGCCCCAUUCUCCCGCUUCCCAUCACCCCGCCCCAUUCUCCCUCUUUCCAUAACCCCGCCCUAUUCUCCCUCUGUCCAUCACCCCGCCCCAUUCUCCCUCUUUCCAUCACCCCGCCCCAUUCUCCCUCUUUCCAUAACCCCGCCCCAUUCUCCCGCUUUCCAUCACCCCGCCCCAUUCUCCCGCUUUCCAUCACCCCGCCCCAUUCUCCCGCUUUUCAUCACCCCGCCCCCAUUCUCCCGCUUUCCAUCACCCCGCCCCAUUCUCCGCUUUCCAUCACCCCGCCCUAUUCUCCCUCUGUCCAUCACCCCACCCCAUUCUCCCUCUUUCCAUCACCCCUCCCCAUUCUCCGUCUUUCCAUCACCUCGCCCCAUUCUCCCUCUUUCCAUCACCCCGCCCCAUUCUCCCGCUUUCCAUCACCCCACACCAUUCUCCCGCUUUCCAUCACCCCGCCCCAUUCUCCCGCUUUCCAUCACCCUGCCCCAUUCUCCCUCUUUCCAUCACCCCGCCCCAUUCUCCUGCUUUCCAUCACCCGCCCCAUUCUCCCGCUUUCCAUCACCCCGCCACAUCUCCCCGCUUUCCAUCACCCCGCCCCAUUCUCCCUCUGACCAUCACCCCGCCCCAUUCUCCCUCUUUCCAUCACCCCGCCCCAUUCUCCCUCUUCCCAUCACCCCGCCCCAUUCUCCCGCUUUCCAUCACCCCGCCCCAUUCUCCCUCUGUCCAUCACCCCACCCCAUUCUCCCUCUUUCCAUCAUCCCACCCCAUUCUCCCUCAUUCCAUCAUCCCGCCCCAUUCUCCCUCUUUCCAUCACCACGCCCCAUUCUCCCGCUUUCCAUCACCCCUCCCCAUUCUCCCGCUUUCCAUCACCCCGCCCCAUUCUCCCUCUUUCCAUCACCCCCGCCCCUUCUCCCGCUUUCCAUCACCCCACCCCAUUCUCCCGCUUUCCUUCACCCCGCCCCAUUCUCCCUCUUUCCAUCACCCCGCCCCAUUCUCCCUCUUUCCAUCAACCCGCCCCAUUCUCCCGCUUUCCAUCACCCCGCCCCAUUCUCCCGCUUUCCGUCACCCCGCCCAAUUCUCCCGCUUUCCAUCACCCCGCCCCAUUCUCCCUCUUUCCAUCAACCCGCCCCAUUUUCCCUCUUUCCAUCACCCCGCCCCAUUCUCCCUCUUUCCAUAACCCCGCCCCAUUCUCCCACUUUCCAUCACCCUCGCCCCAUUCUCCCUCUUUCCAUCACCCCGCCCCAUUUUCCCUUUUUCCAUCACCCCGCCCCAUUCUCCCUCUUUCCAUAA